AUGCUGUCUCUUAGCCUUUGGCUCAGAGUCAUCUUGAGCGGUAGAGGACUCCUCAGAGUCAUCUUGAGCGGUAGAGGAUUCCUCAGAGUCAUCUUGAGCGGUAGAGGAUUCCUUGGAGUCAUCUUGAGGGGUAAGGUCAAGGUCUUUGACUACAAUGCUGGCCAGGUGAGCCUCAGCUUCAUCUAGCUUUUGGUUUGCCUGAUUGCGGAGAAGCUUUGAGAUGGGGCCAGGCAAGGCAUAUAGCUCCUUGAUCUUGCUACAUGCUGUUUGUACUGCCUGCUGAGCUUCAAGGUACUAUGAAGCUUUGCUGAUCCCAUUGAUGACUGUUUGAUAGCGAGCUUGCGCCUUAUCGGAUGUUGUCACCUGA